AACCCCGCACAGCUCCAGGACACCGGCUCCAGAGGACAGCGGCGCGCCCUGACUCCGUGUCCGCCCCACAGAGCAUCGUCCCCGGCCUCAGCUGUGCCCUCGCCCCGCUGGAGCCUCCGGAGCGCGACCAAAACGCGAACAUGACGGAAUGACGCUUCCACACGGCAGUUCGCAGGAAUAACGGGACUUUAUCUGUAGAUUUGUUUUUAUUUUUCACUGCGUGCACGCGGAGACAUGAGCGCGGACGAGAGCUCGGUGCGCGUGGCCGUCAGGAUCCGCCCCCAGCUGCCCCGGGAGCGUGUGGAGGGCUGCCACGUGUGCACUGCAGUGACACCGUCUGAACCACAGGUGGUGUUAGGCUCGGACCGUGCCUUCACCUUUGACCUUGUGUUCGACAUGGACGCCACACAGGAGCAGGUGUACCACAGCGCCACACACAAGCUGGUGGAGGGAUGUCUGCAGGGGUACAACGCCACUGUGCUCGCAUACGGACAGACUGGCUCGGGGAAGACAUACACGAUGGGCACCGGGUUCGAGGUUGGCGUUUCAGGCGAGGAGGUGGGCAUUAUUCCACGUGCCGUCCGCCAUCUUUUCACCGCCAUCGAAGAACGAAAACGAACCGCCACCGAACAAGGAUUAACCCCCCCAGAGUUCAAGAUCAAUGCACAGUUUUUAGAGUUGUACAAUGAGGAGGUUUUGGAUUUGUUCGACUCGACUCGAGAUAUGAAACAAAAAUCUCAAAUCAAAAUCCACGAAGACCCGAAUGGAGGAAUCUACACUGUGGGAGUGACCACGCGGCAAGUCCAGUCAGAGUCCGAGAUGAUCCAGUGUCUGAAGUUGGGGGCUCUCUCGAGGACCACAGCUAGCACACAGAUGAACGUUCAAAGCUCCAGAUCUCACGCCAUCUUCACCAUUCACGUGUGCCAAGUGCGAGUCUGCACCAACAACAACGAGGAACAGGAUAACCGUGUGUCUCAGUCGGAGGUGGACGAGUAUGAGACUCUCACAGCAAAGUUCCAUUUUGUGGAUUUGGCCGGAUCUGAAAGACUGAAGAGAACCGGAGCAACUGGAGAGAGAGCCAGAGAGGGAAUCUCUAUCAACUGCGGACUGUUGGCUCUGGGGAACGUGAUCAGCGCUUUGGGAGAUCGGACAAAACGGUCGUGUCAUGUCCCGUAUCGAGACUCCAAACUCACACGUCUCCUGCAGGACUCUCUGGGAGGAAACAGUCAGACAGUGAUGAUCGCCUGCAUCAGCCCCUCAGACAGUGACUUCAUGGAGACACUGAACACACUGAAAUACGCCAACAGAACACGGAACAUACGGAACCGCGUGAUGGUGAACCAGGACCGGGCUAGUCAGCAGAUCAGCGCACUUCGGACCGAGAUCGCACGGCUGCAGAGGGAGAUACUGGAGUACAGGACGGGAAAGCGUGUCCCCGGGGAGGAUGGCGUGGACUGCUUCAGUGACAUGUUUCAUGAAAAUUCAAUGCUUCAGACAGAGAACAGUAACCUGAGGGUCAGAGUGAAAGCCAUGCAAGAGACUAUAGACGCACAGAGGAGCAGGCUGACCAAUCUGAUCAGCCAACAGGCCCUGAUAAAGACAGGAGACGAGGGCUCAGAGGAGAUUGGGACCAUGAUCCAGGGAUACAUCAAGGAGAUCGAAGACCUGAGGGCAAAGCUUCUGGAGAGUGAGGCAGUGAAUGAGACUCUUCGUAAAAGUGUGAAUCGAUCCUCCAGUCGACCGUUUUAUUCUGGUCCAGAAAAAGAGACUGACGACAUCAUUGAGCUUGCUAAAAAAGACCUGGAAAAACUCAAAAGGAGAGAGCGCAAAAAGAAGAAGAGGCUGCAACUCUUAUCAGAGGACAGAGACACAGAGGAGAAGGAGGAGGACUCCAGUGUAAACAAAGAGGAGGAACCUGACAAUGAGCAGAAGUGCCCAGAGAAGGAGGAAGAGAAGGAGGAGGAGGGGGAGAAGGAGGAUCGCCAUGAUGACCCUGAUAUGGAUGUAGCAGAAGUGAGUGAUCAUGAUGAAGUGGAGGAAGAGGAGGAGAUGGAGGAGGAGGAAAGCUCAGAGUCUGACUCUGAGUCUGAUGAGAAAGAGCACUUCCAGGAGGACCUGGCCAACAUCACGUGUGAAAUCGCCAUCAAACAGAAACUCAUUGACGAGUUAGAAAACAGCCAGAGACGACUCCACACUCUGAAACUACAGUAUGAGCAGAAACUACUACUACUGCAGUACAAGAUACAAGAGACACAGCAGGAGAGGGACAAAGUACUGCACAACAUGACUCCAGUGGACAGUGGCUCUGAGGACAGAGCCAAACGCGUCAAAGCCGAAUAUGAACGAAAACUGUCUGUGAUGAACCGAGAACUCCAGAGACUGCAGGCAGCGCAGAGAGAGCACGCCAGGCUACUGAAGAACCAAAGCCAGUAUGAGAGACAGCUAAAGACUCUGCAAGGGGAGGUGGCUGAUAUGAAGAGGACCAAGGUUCGUCUGAUGAAGCAGAUGAAGGAGCAGCAGGAGAAAAACAGAAUGAAUGAAUCUCGUCGAAACAGAGAGAUUGCCACUUUAAAGAAGGAUCAGAGAAAACAAGAGCACCAGCUGAAGUUACUGGAAGCUCAAAGACGCCAACAGGAGCUGAUCCUGAGGAGGAAGACCGAGGAGGUGAGCGCCCUCCGCAGGCAGGUCAGACCCGCUUCUGGCAGAGUUCAGAGGAAAGUCCAGGACCAAGACUCAGGACUGAGAUCUGGACCAGGGAGGACCUACUCCAGUGCCAAUGGGACCAGGUUCUCAUAUAGGAGCAGAGGGCUGUACAGCAGUAGAAUGGCCCGGACCAAAUGGCAGUCUCUGGAGAGGAGGAUCUCAGACGUGAUUCUGCAGAAGAUGACCAUCUCGAACAUGGAAUCGGACAUGAAUCGCCUGCUCAAGCAACGUGAGGAGUUGACUCGGAGGAAAGAGAAAGUUCUGAGACGCAAAGAACGUUUGCUCAAGGACUCAGGUCUGGUCCCUGGUCUGAUCCCAGAUCUGGACCCUAAGACACCAGACGUGGACCAGUCCCAAGACCAGGUUCAGUCCCAAGAUCUGCAAAAGUCCCUGAUUCCUCUAAUGGAGGAGGUGGAGGCUUUGAGUGCAAACAUCGACUACAUCAACGACAGCAUCUCCGACUGUCAAGCCAACAUCAUGCAGAUGGAGGAGGCCAAGGAGGACACAGACAGAGUAGAUGUCUCCGCUCUGAUUGGCUCCUGUUCUUUACCUGAGGCUCGUUUCCUCCUUGACCACUUCAUGAACAUGGCUGUUAAUAAGGGUCUCCAAGCAGCCCAGAGAGAAUCCCAGCUGAAGGAGGUGGAGGGCAGAUUGAGGCAGACAGAACUGACUAGUGCCACACAGAACCAGCUCCUGUUCCACAUGCUGAAGGAGAAGGCCCAACUCAACCCAGAACUGGAGGCUCUGCUCGGCUCUGCUUUGCAUGAAAAUGGAGACGACAGCAGCAGCGACGAGUCUCCACACAGUCCUUCAGCAGAGGGAAAUCCAUUAGCAUCAGAUCUGAUGAAACUCUGUGGAGAAAACAGGAGCAGGAACAAGGCUAGGAGGCGAACCGCGACUCAGAUGGAGCUGCUGUAUGCAAACACAGACCCCUCCCCCGACUCAAAUACUGCACUCCCAUUGGCUGAGACACCAGAAGGAGGCGGGGACAUGGAUAACAUUUACAAUGUUGUGUCUCCUGGUUACUCCUCCAAAAUCCCCACAAUGGGCGUCAUAAGCUCUGUCUCUGUUGGUAAACGUCAGUCCAGUCUCCAGUGUGUGAGUAUGGCAGAGGGACACAGUAAAGCCGUGCUCUCUGUCGACUGCACCAACGAGCUGCUCUUCACUGGAUCCAAAGAUCGCACAUGUAAAGUGUGGAACCUGGUGACCGGGCAGGAGAUCAUGUCUCUGGGAGGGCAUCUGAGCAGUGUGGGCUCGGUCCGGUUCAGCUCUGGUGUGGUCUUCACUGUGUCCAGCUCCUUUAUCAAAGUCUGGGAUAUCAGGGACUCAGCAAAGUGCAUCCGGACGCUCACGUCCACAGGUCAAGUCAUGACCUCUGACCCCUGUGGUCCUGGUUCAACUCGGACUCUGUCCUCAGAGACUCAAAUAAACCAGAUCUGUGUGAACCCAAAUGGGACCAGUCUGUACGCCGCGGCCGGGAACACAGUUCGGAUCUGGGACCUCAGGAGGUUCGUUUGCACAGGGAAGCUGUCAGGGCACCAGGGUCCAGUCAUGUGUCUGACCGUGGACCAAACCGAGACCAAUCAGGACCUGGUGGUGACCGGGUCAAAGGACCACUACGUCAAGCUCUUUGAGGUGACUGCGUCCUCAGUGGGGUCUUUGAGUCCCUCUUUGACCUUUGACCCUCCCCAUUAUGAUGGGAUUGAGUCGGUCCUAGUCCAGGGAGACCGGGUCUACAGUGGGUCCAGAGACACUGGACUCAAACUGUGGCACCUGCCCAGUAAAGAGCUGCUGCAGCAGGUACCCUCAGCCCACAGAGACUGGGUCAGUUCUCUGGCUUUAGUCCGGUCUGGUUUGGUCCGGUCCUCUCCGGUCUUGGUCAGCGGCUGCAGAGGAGGGAUUCUCAAACUAUGGAGCACGGACUCACUGAGUGCACUCGCAGAGGUCAGAGGUCAUGACAGUCCAAUCAACAGCAUCUGUAGCAAUGCCAGCCACCUGUUCACCGCCUCAGAUGAUCGCACAGUAAAGAUUUGGAGGUACAGAGGAGAGCUGGAGGAUUCUGUGGAGGACUGACCAAGGCCCUGACUGCAUUGCAAGGAUAGUGAAUGCAUCUUAAACGGAGGACCCUGAACGCACCGUGUCUGUCUCCUGCUUUAAACCAUUUAAGAAAGUAAAACUUAAACAAAAUGAUUUUCUCUGGUUGAAAUGAGAGAAUAAUCCCUGGUCCUGGUAAAAGAGAGAAAGUAGUUCCAGCUGGUCAAACGUUAGAUUUAAUCAUGCUGUAAAACCUAAUAUUAUGACUGAAGAACACCUUAUCAGCCCGGUCAUAAUAUUGGAAUACCCAAUAAACAUGACAUAGUAAUUUAAAUUAAAAUAACAGGUAUUCACACUUCAAACUUCGCCCCUGCAGCCAGGUGUUUCUAACCAGAAACGCCUAGCUGUAGUCAGGGCAGUCCUGCAUGAUGUCAUGUAGGACUGGAAAUUGCAAAAGCCACUGAAGGCGAACACUUAGAUUUAGGCAUUUUUGACCAAGAAGCUGCAAAUGUAACUAGUUUGCACAAAGACUGACAAAAAAAAAAAAUCCAGUAACAUUACACUAUAUUCAUAUUCACAUUCAAACAUCAUAUACACAGUUUAGUACAUGGGUAUAGUUCCACUUUAAGGGCACUUUUACACUUUUCUUGGUUUGGUCCUGGUUUGUGACCAAUUUUUCAUGUUUCUGUUCUAGUCCUGGCUUAGUCCUGGUCUAGUCCAGAUUUAGUUACCAAGUUAGUCAAAUUUUAGUUCAGAUUUUGUUGUGGUGUUUGUGCAAAUGCAAACCCACCCUAAAUCUGGAUUUUGUUCUGAUUUAGACCAGAUUAGGUUCAGUCAUGUCUCGAUUCAAACCUGGUCUGACCCUGGUUCUUUUUGCAAAAUGGGAGUUCAUGAUUUGAGUAUCAUAGUUGAUCUGUAUCAUAUUUGAGUUAUACAAACAGACUAAGGGCACUUUCUUGGUCCUUCUGUCCUGUUUUUUUGCCCAGUUUCUUGGCGCAACUGAUAUGGCCCUGUUCUAGUCAUGGUUUAAUCCUGGUUUAGUUCUGGUCUAGUCAUGCUUUAGUCCCAGUCAAGUACUUGUUUAGUCCUGGUUUAGUCCUAGAUUAAUAUCAGGUUUAGUCCUGUUCUAACUGCUCUUAUGAGGCUCCAUCACUGCACUAUUGCCUUGCCUUCAUUAGUUUAAUAUCUUUUGUCUAAGACUGUUGAUGUAACUCACUACAAAUGUCACUAAAUCUUUAAUCAAAAUUAGCACUUGAAUCUUCCUUAUAUCGUACUUGAAUUUUAGUCGCAGUCGGUUGGUAGCUGGACCUAUCAGCCUGCAUUUCACUUAAACGCGCUGUGCCUGAUUUUUCCCCAUGGAUUUGAUCUUAAUGUGUCUUGUCCAGUACAAAUACUGUAUAUUGUAUAAGCAGCUCUUGAGCUCCAAAUAAGUCCACAGUGUACUGUCUGCAUCUAAUUAUAAAGCGUUUUAUUGUCUGCAAAUUAGGAAGUGCACUAUUAUCAUGCUAGUUGUUGUUCACAUUAAUUAGGACGCUCUAAAUGCCUAAUUUAAGUGAAGAAUAACACUGAACCACCGCCAACCAUUUAAAAUGAACUAGUUCUGUUUUUCACGUUUUCAAGACAGUAAACAUUAGGUACAGCGCCUUUAAUGUCCUUCUUUAUAAAAUACUACAUGCAUUAAUCAUAAUCUUGUGACUGUUUUGACAAAUCAAGCCUAACUUUGGCCUUCUUUUAGCUUCUUUAGCGACCAAAAACGUGUGGAAAAUGUGUCUUAAAUGUCUCACUGAACCUGUAGGUGGCGCUGUGCAAUGAGUAUGAAUGGGUUUUCUUCAUGAACUGAAAAGGAGGCACUAUAUAUAAAUACAUUUAUCCGAUUUUGCUGUAAAGACUCUUUAUGUAACUUUUCUAGUGGAGGGUCAGCCACAGUCUCCAGGAAAUGUUAUUGCUUUACUUGGAAUAUUCUACAGUAUGGCAGUAAAUGUAUCUAUCUCCAUGGAAACAAGCAAGUGAAUCCAUCAGGUUAAGUUACAGGUCAGAUCUGUGGAAAGACAAGACCAUUCACAGUGACAAUGCAUGAUUUUCAAAAGAUUUUUGGCAGUAAAAACACACUGUAUUAAAUUAAUACAAGAUAGAUACAUUUAACACUGCAGACAAAGCAAUAACAUCUCCGUGGAGACAAGCAGGUAGCAAAUACUUCAAUUCUAGAAAAGUUACAUAGUGAGCCUUUAAGAUACCAUGAUAUUAUGAUUGAGCUAAAAUAAUACUGGCAUAAAUUAUAUCACACGUCUAUGCAUGGUAACAUCUACAAUGAAUUAAAUAAAUAAAUGACAUAAAGUCAAAUUAGACAUGUACCCACAGCUUCUCACAUUCAUACAGGCAAGGAAGUAUCUUGCCCAAGGAUACAAUGUCAGUACAGCUUCUUGGCUAGUGAGCAAAAUCUCAACCCACAAAACUAUAAUGAUAGUACAGGGUUAGAUCUUUUAUAGAUGAUUUGUUAUGCCAGUCCUGGUUCAGUUCAUCUUUCAUCUGGUUUAUUCCUGGUUUCUUUAUCCUGGAUUAGUUCUUGUUCUGACCUGGUCCAGUCCUGGUUAUUCCUAGUUCAGUCCUGGUUUAGUCCUAGUUUAGUCCUGGUUUAGUUUUGGUUUAGUCCUGGUUCAGUCUUAUUUAAUCCUGGUUCUGUCCUGGUUUAGCCCUGGUUUAGAAUUUGGCUUUUUACAGAUAAUUAUUAAUAUAUACUUUUUUUUUUCUCUGUCCAUAAAAAAACACAUUCAAACUCAUGUAACUGUGUGUUUGUAACUGCACCUCCCCUAACCCCGUUCCUGCGCUCUGAUUGGCUGAGGCAGCUGUCAGUCACACGCUUUGACAUCUCUGAAUGGCUGGUUUGUUUAGGGCUAAAGUCACUGUAGCACUCUGCACUGUCUGUAUAAUUUAUUUAAUUUAAAUUACUGUGAUGUAAUCAAUAUGAGACAAGCCAUUUGAGACUGUUCUGCAGAGGACUGGACCCACACUAAGGAUACUGGGAAAUGUAGGCCUGUGUGUGUUUUUUUCUUAUGUUCUAAAUUGAUUUAAUGUUCAACAGCGGGGCUUUAACCUUGUUCUAAUGUAAUAGAAACACCCCUGGAGUUGUGUUUUGUUUCAUUCACACAUGUUUCAGUAAUCCUGAUUCCGUUCCAUGUUGUGACAUCAUCAGGUGGUGAUCCAGAAGUACUUCUCUGGAUUUUUAAAGAUUAACCCUGGAAUAUUUCUUGUAUUUUAAAAUUUAGCCCAUCUAGUAAGUGACAAUUAUUCCUGUCUAAAAAUUGAAGCCAAGAACGAAAAACAGCAUUAUAAUGUCUCAACAUGUGGUCUAGCUGUGCUCCAGUCCUGGUUGAGUCCUGGCUUGGUCCCAGUCUUGUCCUGGCCUAGUCCUGGUUAGUCCAGUCCUCUGCCUAGUGUCUGUGUAGUGAAUGUUUUUGAAUUGACUGUAUUUAAAUUUAAAGUGAAUGAAUGGGAGACCAGUUAGUCCUGGUUUAGUCCUGAUUUAGUCCUGGUUUUAAUCCGGACCUGGUCUAGUCCUGGUUUUAUUCCGAAUGUGAUUUGUGCUGAUUAUGUUGGAUGUAUUUUUGGUGACUGUGAACUGUCUGAGGCCUGCUGACA